CGCGGAGGAGGAGGCGCGUUCCCGCAGCAACAGGGAAGAUGGCAGCCGUCCCGUCUCUGACCCAGCUGGCCAGCGGGAACCCUGUUUAUGAGAACUACUACAGACAGGUGGAUCCUGGGAACACUGGGAGAGUUGGGCCCACAGAAGCUGCUCUGUUCUUGAAGAAGUCCGGGCUGCCCGACGCCACGCUGGGAAAGAUCUGGGAUUUGGCUGAUCCUGAUGGCAAAGGUUACCUGGACAAACAGGGCUUCUACGUGGCUCUCCGGCUGGUGGCCUGCGCUCAGAGCUGCCAGGAAGUCAGUCUGUCCAGCCUCAGCCUCACAAUCCCUCCUCCCAAGUUUAAGGACACCAGCAGUCCGUCUCUGAGCAGCAACACCUCCUCUGGAGAAUCCCACUGGGCUGUCAGGCCCGAGGAGAGGAACAAGUUUGAUGGGAUUUUUGAGAGUUUGGCUCCAGUCAACGGCCUGCUGUCGGGGGAGAAGGUCAAACCCGUCCUCAUCAACUCCAAGCUGCCUAUGGAUGUUCUCGGGAAGGUCUGGGACCUGAGCGACAUCGACAAAGACGGCCACCUGGACAGAGACGAGUUUGCAGUGGCCAUGCAUCUGGUGUACCGGGCCCUGGAGAAGGAGCCUGUUCCUGCAGUUCUCCCCUCCGUCCUCAUCCCUCCAUCCAAGAGGAAGAAGAGUCUUUGCUCCAUGACCGGCGCUGCCCCUGGACUGCCAGCUAGCCCACCACCUCCAAAAGACUCACUGCGCUCCACCCCCUCCCACGGCAGCAUGACCUCCUUGAACAGCACCGGCAGCCUGUCGCCCAAACACACACUCAAAUCUGCACAGCAUUCACUGAACUGGGUGGUUCCAGUAUCAGAGCGCGGCCGCUAUGACGACAUCUUCCUGAAGACCGACUCCGACAUGGACGGCUUUGUCAGCGGACAUGAAGUGAAGGACAUCUUCAUGCACUCUGGACUCUCUCAGAACCUGCUGGCUCACAUCUGGGCUCUAGCAGACACCAGGCAGAUGGGGAAACUGACCCGGGAGCAGUUCUCCCUGGCCAUGCACCUGAUCCAGCAGAAGGUCAGCAAAGGCCUGGACCCCCCUCAAGCCCUGAGCGCUGACAUGAUCCCCCCCUCGGAGAGAGGAACCCCCGUCCCGAGUUUGUCAGGAUACAUGACUCCGGUGGGAUCCGACAUGGCUGCCCUGUCAGAGAUGAGAAGGGCUGUUAUGUUCUCCUUGUGGGACAGCUCCAGCUCUGUGGGGUCCGGAGAGUUCACCGGCAUCAAGGAGCUGGACGACAUCAGCCAGGAGAUAUCGCAGCUGCAGAGGUGUGUCAGGGAGAAGUACACCCUGGAGCAGGACAUCAGGGACGCCGAGGACGCCAUCAGACACAAGAGUGCAGAGGUGCAGGAGAUGCAGAACGACCUGGACAGGGAGACCAUGAGCCUGCAGGAGCUGGAGGCUCAGAAACAGGACGCCCAGGACCGGCUGGAGGAGAUGGACCAGCAGAAGAGGAAACUGGAGGACAUGCUGAACGAAGUGAGGCUGAAGUGCCAGGAGGAGUCUCACAUGAUCUCCAGCCUCCAGAGCCAGAUCCACUCCCAGGAGACGGACCUGCAGAGCCAGGAGGACGAGCUGAGCCGGGCCAAGGCCGACCUGGGCCGGCUGCAGCAUGAGGAGAACCAGCUGGAGCAGAGCCUGGCGGCCGGCAAGGUCCAGCUGGAGACCAUCAUCAAGUCCCUGAAGUCCACGCAGGACGAGAUCAACCAGGCCCGCAGCAAGCUGUCCCAGAUCCAGGACAGCCAGCAGGAGGUGUCCAAGAGCAUCGAGCAGUACACCAGCAGCCUGAACGGAGCGCACGGGGGCAGCAUGACCAACCUGGCCGACAUGAGCGAGGUGUUCCCGGAGACGCGGGACCCCCCGGGCUUCCCCGCCGCGGGGAGGCCGGCGCAGGAAGACCCGUUCAAGGUGAAGCCCUCGGUGUUCAGCAGCCAGCCCCAGGAGCUGCACACGGACCCGUUCCACGCUGAAGACCCCUUCAAGACUGACCCCUUCAAAGGUGACCCGUUUCAAAAUGAGCCUUUUGCAAAGCAGCCGUCGUCGUCUUCAGAUCCGUUUGGGGGAGACCCGUUCAAGGAGGCCGAUCCCUUCAAGACCUCGUCGGAGGAUUUCUUCAAGAAGACCAGGAAGAUGGAUCCUUUCUCCAACCCAGACCCCUUCAGCAAAAGUGCCACGUUGCCCUCUAAGCAGACCAAUUCCUUCUCAGGCACCGACCCGUUCACCAGCAGCCAGCCCAAGUCCAGAGGCUCAGCAGACCUGUUCGGCACGUUAGACCCGUUUGGCAGCAGCUCGUUCGGCGGCAGCACCAACAGCUCGGCCGGAUUCGCAGACUUCAGCCACAUGUCUAAGCCCAGGGAUCCGUUUGAGGGACGGGCCGGCUGGCUGCCAGACUUCCAGAAGCCGGCUUUCGUGGACGACCCAUUCAGCAGGAAAAGCGACACUCCAGCUCUGCCUCCGAAGAAAACCGUCCCCCCGCGACCCAAACCCCCCAGCGGUAAAACCACCCCAGUGCACCUCACGGCCCCAGCAGACGGCUCCAAGCCGUGCGACCCCUUCCAGCCUUUCAGCGGCGAUGCCAUCGACCCGUUUCAGAGUAAAAAAGCUCCUGCAGACCCGUUCAGUGGGAAAGACCCCUUCGCUCCACCUGCAGCAUCAAGUAAACCUCCCUCUGACUCUCCCGCCGCUUUGACACACGGCUCUUUCAGUAACGAGGCCCAGCAGCUGGAGUGGGCCAAGCGGGAGAGCGAGCGGGCUGAGCGCGAGCGUCUCAAGAGGCUGCGGCAGCAGGAGCAGGAGGACCUGGAGCUGGCCAUCGCCCUCAGCAAGGCCGAGAUGUCCAACGCAUGACCCGGAGCCGGCGCCGCCUCCCCUGCACCCCCUGAGACUGACAUUCACACUGGAGCAGCUCCCACACGGACUACAGACGGUGCAGAACACACUCCUCCACCCAGCGCUGCCCAGGCUGAGCGCUGAGGGCCGGACUCGCAGGGAGGCUCAGCCCUGGACACAACUACAGCAGUAUUUCAGUUACCCUCUCUCCUGCAGCCACCGCUUAGGAAGUGGCAACGUUACCAGGACUUCUCCAGAAUCUCAUCAGGGCCACAGAACAAACAGUUUUCCUUCUUGCUCACGUCACAGUAUUCCUGGGGGUGGAUGGUUUCUCACGAGGACUCACCCACGUGGACGUGUGCAGCGGUGAAGCUGUGGUUCAUCCUCCCUCCUGGUCCACAGUGCACAUGCCAUCACACACACACCAUUACACACACCCAACACACUGACGCUCCACAACCCUCCAUGCACACGCUGUGCUAGCUGCUGAUCAUGUGACCUGAGCAGGCAGGGCCGCUGGCCGGUGUUGAGCAGCCCGGACACGCGUUAGCGUCGCUGCUCCAGAGCUGCACAAGUGAGCACACGGACGCUCGGAUUCCCGCAGGGCUCUGAUCCGGGGCCAUGCUUUCUCAAACUCACCUGUUACACUUAAAGAAGGAAAAAAUGCUACAUUUGUGAGGCUAAAGCUCAAGUUUAAGUUUAUCUAACAAAAUUAGGAUAGCUAGUAAACAGACAUUAGCUUUGUGUAAAUGUUGCUGUUAUAAAUGGUAGCUGAGCUAACACGACUUUAGGGGGAGAAGCCACUGAAGGCAGUAAAAAGUUAAAAAAAAAACUAAAUUCCUAAUUUCCUAGUCACAAAUUUGCAAGAAACAACUCUAAAAUGUUUACUUCAUACUCUCACAAAUAAAUGAAGGAAAAAGAUGGACAUUUGUGUGAGAGAAGUAAAAGUUUCUGACUUCAUAAACUUGUACAUUUCUGAAAGAAAAUGAGGAAUUUUAGAUUUUAUAAACUCAAAUCUUUGAGAGGAAACUCUGAAUUUUUGACUUUAUGAACUAGAAAAUAUCUGAAAGAAAAAAGAAAACUUAAACUAUAAAUAAAUAUAAUAUUUCAAUAUUUAAAAACUUGCAAAUUUACAAGAAAACAUGUUAGGCUGAGAAACCCCAGUGAGGGAAGCCCCGCCCACAGAUGCAUUAUGGGUCACGACAGCUCACGGCAAACCCUUCACACUGUAAAUAACACACACAUAACACAAUAACACACACACACACACACACACACACACACACACACACACACACACCCUGCAGGUCAGACCGGUGACAGAGGAGGAGGGAAGUCAUGUGACCAUGUGAAGCUCCUGAGCUGCAUCUGCUGGUGUUUGGUUUGUUUCUCCCGUUUGUUUUAGUUUCUAAGAGCAUCGCUUUGUUUUGAGUUCAUCACUCCAGUUGUGUUCAGGCCUGAAUGUGAAAUGUGCGAGGUGUUUUAUUUAUGUGCUGAUGUUUUUUAUGUUUUAGUCCUUGUACUUGAAGUGGUAGAUGCUGUGGGGGGGGCGGCGUCAUCGCUGCUGCUGCAGAACAAAGUUCCCAUGGAAAAGUGACUGACUGGAGCCUGAAGCUACGGAGGAGGAUUAGGGCCAUGCAGGAGGAAAAAUAUUUGAGAGGAAGAUUUUCUUUUUAUUGUGCACUUCAAGAAAAAAGUCGAAAUGUCGAGAAAAAAAUCGAAAUGUCGAGAUUAAAGGAGCAUGAAGCUCCUUUUAAGAAAUGAGACUCUCUAGCGCCACCCUUCACCACGACGGCCGUCGGGGGUACUGCAGCCAACAGUGAAGCCGGCACGGGAGAACGGGGAGAACGUGCAUGCAGCGUCAUGUGACGUCACAUCUGCAGGACAGUGCGGGAAAUUUGGCCCGGAAUUGCAGCACAUUUUCCAGCAACAGCCUGUUCAAGGCAACGGAGAGAUACACUAGAGGAAUCAUUCUUUUGGGUUUGGAACUCUUCAUCUGACAUUAUUACUAGAAAACUUAAAACGUAUACACAUUUUUUUCAUUAAUCCUGCCUCAAGUUCCUUUAAUGUUGAAAUACAAUUUCAAGAAUGAAGUCAAAAUUUCGUGAAUAAAAUCGAAAUUUCGUGAAUAAAGUCUAAAUUUUGAGAAUGAAGUUGAAAUACAUUUCGACUUUUUUCUCGAAAUGUAUAAUGAAAAAAAAGUCUUCCUCUUCUAAAAUCUUAUUUUUAUUUUUCCCUUGCCUGGCGCUGAUUCUCUCCCGUCUGAAUCCGACGUCCUGCUGUUGUGACUGAUUUCCAACCUGUCCAGACGGAGAGAGGAGGACAGGACGCUGAUGUUUUGUCAAACGUCCCUCCAGGACCGAGGAGAUCCCUUCUGUUGCUUAAAGGGAGAAAUCAUUUCCCUUUGGGGAAUAAUGAGGUGUUAUUGAAAUGAACUGACUUGAAAUGACAACUACUGCUGCCGUGGUGAUGGCGUGGAGCUGCUCCAUCUCUCUUCCUGCUCCUCCAUCAUCUUCUGAGUAGCUGUUCUGAUGGAACCACAUGGAAGCAGGAGCUGGUCCUGAAACUCCAUCUCCUGCUCCUCAGUGACACCACGGGCCUGGCCGGGUCUGGGGAUGAGGCCUGGGCUCUGCAGUCAGCUGCUGCUCCGUCACCAGCAGGGACUGACGGCUGAAGGAAUACGCAUCUACAUGGAGCCACCAGGUCUGCAUUUAGCAGAAACUAGGGUCUAAACUCCCACCAGGACCCCUCAGAUCCACAACUAACAUCCUGGACCAGCCAAUCACAGACAGGCCACAGGUUCCAGGGAGUUAGAGCUGAUCACCCAGGACACAUCUGAAGGUUUAGAGCUGGAUGCAGAUCUUCUUCUAUCACACCAACCACCCACAAAUGUCUGGGCUUACUCCUGGUCUCCAGCCUGGCAGCUCAGUCUCUCCUCGUCAUGUGUCCUCACGUCUCAGUCCACACGUCUGAGUCCAGCCUGGAGCGUCUCCAUAUGUGUGACCCUGGUGGUUCCCUGGUGGUUCCCUGGUGGUUCCCCGGACCUGCUCCUUCCCAAACCUGUCCAUCAUGGUGUCUCCAAGCAUCAGCUCACUCUUAUUCAUGCAGCGUGUAUUCCAACAGCAGCUGCUCUAGGAUCAGUCCAGACCAGAACACGACCCCCAGCAGUUAUUACAUUACAACGGCAGGUAACUCCAGACUCUCUUCUCCACCUCCCUGCUCGGCACCGUUGACGCGGAGACUCUGGACCUUCUUCAUCUCUCCUCCUCACCGUCCCUCCUGCUGCUCUUUCACUUACACUCCUGUAUUCUUUCUGCAUCACCGGAGCUGCACCAGGGGAGAGAUGGAGAUGCCGGUCGGACCUCGUCUGUCCACCAUCACCUUCACACUGCAAAAACUCCAAAUCUUAACAAGAAUAUUUGUCUUAUUUCUAGUCCAAAAAAAUCUCAUUACACUUAAAACAAGACUCAUCACUGGAAAAAACAACAAUUU